GCCUGGCACAUUAGUAAACUGGCGGAACGCUUUUCACGCCUGUUACUCAAAGAGCUAACGCGGUCUCUUAUCUUCAUCACCAGGAGUCGUUUUGGUUCGCAAAGUCUCGGUCUCACUUGGAAGGCGGAAGCACCGGUCGCAUCAUUGGUCCCAAAGAUGUGCGUCAGUACGGGCAGCGUAUGGCGAGACUUCGAUCAGCAGCUUUUUCUUCAAGGCGUAGCUGAUCCACAUGUGACAUGAUUUGAAUACAUUUUUGACACGCCUUGACGGCAGAAACGCCUGCUGUCAACAGCGUGCCAUCUCGCGCGCGUAGGCAUUUCAACUGCUGUCACAAGUUUCGUGGGCUAAGUGAGUGUAGAUAUAAAAGUGGGGGAACCGAUGACAUUUUGUGUUUGGUUUCCUAAGCGUUCAGGAGAAGGACUGCCGCGAGUUGCGCGUCGAGAAAGCAGGCAGAGCUCCACAGCAUCUCAGUGUUUUAUUUGCGCACUCGGCUCCAGCGAUUUUGACCCAACACAAAGGAACUGUUGCGGGUCGCGGAGAAGACCCGGGGCCCAGAAGACAGAACAAUUGAAAAAGAUGUGCAACAGAGCGAAUAAAGGACCAAGUUGUGUGCUUCGUCGCCGGCUGGCGGACGCCUAAGAAAUGGACAACUCGAAACACAAAGCAUCAGCUGUGCACAACACGAAAUAGAGUGCGCCGGCUCGACGCACGACCAACAAAUGGUUUCACAGCUCUCUGUCCACACGCAGCCGUCCAGGAAAGACAACAGGAACGGUACCGCGCCAACGACGAAAUCACCUUCAGCUGUAGAAACAACAGGCGAGCGUGCAACACAUGGAAACGAGUCUCUGUCAGACAGCACAAGAAGCAGCGCCUGGCAAAGACACCGCAACGGCGCCCAACUAAACCGACAUAUCCCAAAAUGAAUAUGUCGCCCACACGGAAAUAUCCCAAAACGAACAUAUCCCAAAGUGCGCACAUGCCAGCAUGGACAUGUUCCCAAACCGACAUGUGCCAAAACGGGCGCAUGCGAGUUUGGCGGGACCGAAGGCGCCUAAGCAGACAGACUGCCGUCCGAGCACACUGUGGCGCGAAGCUUGCUGAUGCAAAGGUCCACCCAAAGACCACUGUCCUUGAGUCUACAUCCCGUUUGGAAAGCGAAACCACUAGAGAUCUAAAGUCUCCAGAACGCAUUUUCUGGAGCGGCUCCCCAUCCAAAAAUUCUCUUUUGUUAACGGCGGAGCCAACACCCCGCGGCAACCAUGGAGCGCACGCACGACCACGCCGAGCCCGCGCUCCAAAAAUGAGCGGGAGACGACCUGAACCGAAACGGACGAGGAGUUAUCUUGCUAUUUUAAACCCUGCUAACCUGCCGACACACUGCAGGUUUUUGACUCGCUGGGUCCCGCGCCGUACGCACACGGGAAAUGCAGCGCGAGCUCGUUCUAGAACGAGUUCUUUCUCGAGUUGCUCCAUAGAAAAAACCUGCCUCGUCACGUUCGUACGCAGAGCAACCUCAGGGAGAAUGAGAGACAAGCCGCUUGCACCCGAUGCACGCAUGCACGUCCCCUUCUCGAAUCACAGCAAAGGUGUGCCUAACUGGCAGCGUGGAAGCGAGCAAGGUUUUCCCGACGAACUCGCAGCGGCACGCAGAGCAAAGUCUGGAGGCAGACGGCAGACUCACUAGAGGCCCCUAAUCUUGCGCAGAGAGGCGUCUUCACAUCGCAUUCUCAAAAACGAAAACAAUGACGGCAUUGGGGCAAGACGAAAAGCACGCACAGCCUCGACGUAGCUCGAAACAAAUGAAGAUGUCGACAAAGACGUCGACACUUGACACUGGCUUUCUCCGCUACGCAUGGUCUUCGAAACGGUCCUGCUGCACCCGAACGCUCUUUUUCCUUUCUCUUCCUGCGACCAUAUGAGGGUUUGAUGUUUCCGUCAACUUCUUUCGGCGAAUGGCCAUUGAUUCUUCCUCGGAAUCCCUGAUCCUAUUUUCCAGUUUCUUCCGCGUUCGACCUUCCGGGUCUCGCAGGGUUUCUGUUCACUGCCGUCCCCCAGUUUCUCAUCUGUCUUCCUCCACUUUCCCGCCGUCUUUCGUUCGCUCUCCCUUCUCUCCCCGCUCCUCGCGCACUACGCGAAAC